AUGAAAAAAUUUUGGAAUUUCAUAUGUUGUACUUUAGAUUCGGAUGAAGAGGAAAUCAUUGAAGAGAAAUAAAUAACAAUAAAAAAAGAUGAAAAGACUUCUUUAGAACUUUUUGGUAAUUUUGAGACAUUAAAUUACAUGCUUGUUAGAAUGACUUAAAAGAAUUUUUUCGUUGAUUUUUCCAUGAGAAAAUCUAAAUUAAUAGAAAAGAAUCCUUUAUCAGUUUUCAUAUCAUAUAUUGAUAAUAAUGUAUUAUAUGAAUAGGAUGAGUCAAGUUAUUUGAUACCAGAAAAAGUACUACAAUAUAUUGGUAGAAGAAUGAGGGAAGUCAAACCUUCUUUUAUUGUAGAUGGUCUAUCUAGAAGUGGUAUUAGUGCAAUUUAGUUCUCUUCUGAAACUAAUACUUUUGUUUUGGGAAAUAACUUUUCAAUGUAAUAAAUAAAAAAUGCUAAUCAUAAUACAACAAUAUGUAAUUUAAAUAUUAGAUGUGAAUUUCUAUAAGCUAUUAUGCCUAAAUUACCUAUCAUUUAAAAUGAUGUCUUUUUCAUUUAACCAGACUAUUAAAUUAUUGAUGAAAAUUUAUCAAUUAACAAUAUUUUCCCAUCAAUUUCUGAUAUUUUGGAUUAUUUUUUGGAAUGGAGUAAAAAUUUAAUACUUGUCUUACCAAUUUAAAUAGAUCUUUAAAUUUUUUGUGAAGUAUUUUGUUAAAAAUUAAAGGAAAAGAAUUUAGAUCAUUUGAUCUUUGAAAUAUAAAGAAUUUAAAUAGAUGGUGAAUUAUAUUAUUAUUUUAUUUAUUUUGGAGAAAUUGCUGCAGUUUAAACUCAAGAUUAAUAUAUGUUGAUGACUGAAAUGACAUUAGAGGAUUCCAAUCAAUAGAAUUUAUUUGAUUCAACUUACAUGUUAUUAAAAAAUAUUGGUUAUACAACAAAUGCAAGAGAAAUCAUGAAUAUUUUACUUUACUCUAAAUAAAUGUCAUAGUCUGAAACUACUUUACAAAUUUUAAUUAAUCAAGUAAAUAUAUUUAAAUUAUAUCUAAUUAGUUACUUAUGAAAGGACUUACAAAUGAAGAAACAAUCAAAUAAUUAUUUGGUGAUGUAGAUGUAUUGUAAUCUUCAACACCAAAAUAUAAUCAAAUCCAAGUUUAAGAAAAUACAUUUGGAUAAGAUUCUUAAAUUAAAUAAUGCUAUGAACAGUAGCAAACUUAAAAAAAAAAAUAAGCAAAGAAAUCUCAAUUUAUAUCAUUUAAUAUUCCUAGUGAAUGA